AUGAAGUGCCAGGCCGCCUGGAAUAAACUUAAGGAGCAGAUGAGUGGUAAGAGAACCCGGAAUGACGUAUCACGUAAAAAUAAGAAUGGGUCAACACCACAUGAAAUCAUUGUGCAGCGAUUGGCGUCAGAAGCGGAUAACAAACAGACGUAUCGCCCUGUCCAACCGCGGGAGUUUGUCGACUUCGAGUUCGAAGAUCUCUCCCUGGUCAACAUAAAGAAAGCUUGCGCAGUACAUUUCAAUCUCCCUGCCAGUACUUGUGAUGUCCUAGUGUCAAGCAAGGGUCCUUCCUGUACUCACAUUUCGCAAAUUCCCCAUAGGAAAGAUAAGGUAUAUAUUUCGUUAGAAUACUUAUUGAAAGUAGAUUAUUUCCCAAUAGAUAAUUCUUUUUCAUGUAUUUUUCUGUGGGGUCAUUAUGCACCUAUUAAUGUUAAGCCCCAGAGGGGGGGGGCAGUGAUUUGUGAGGCGUUUGUGAUUUUUUGUGCGAAUUUGCAAUAAAAAAUUACUCUAUUGCACUUACAGACUAUAUAUAGUGGAGCUCCAGAAGGUCAUAAAGACAUCAAACAUGGGUUAUUUAAUAUGACAUAUUAUGACAUCCGCCCAAAUUAGUUGUGGACACAAAAUUGAAAUACAGCACAAUUUAUUCUUACUUGCUAGAAUUCUAGUUUGUAUCUUUAACACAAACCGUUUUUGGAUAUGACCCUAAUCAGUCAAUUUGGAAAACAACACAUUUGAGGUUUACCUGGGUGAACAUUGAGUGGCGCCCAAUUCUUGUUAACCAAUGCAGACAAUUAAAAUGUGAAAAACAAUUUUUCACAAUAAAAUAACCCUUUACAAAGCAAAUCUACCAUCAUUGUGCUUAUCCACCUGCACAUAAGUGAUGGAUAUUUCCAUGCAUAUAUUUGAUUGUGAGAGUACUUAUGGCUCCUGUCAUGCAUGCACAGAAAAUGCAUAACUUUAUAUAUACCUGUACCAUAUACAGUAUUACAAGUAUUCAUUAUAUAUCAUAUAAUAUAUAUACUACAAAGCAGGACUUUUUGAAUUUUUAUUUCAAAAGGCCUAUUUUAAAUGUUUUGUGGUCAGCUUUGAAAGUAAAUGUCAGUGGUUUGCAUUAAUUUUAUAUGUUUCUUAUUUACAGGUAUAUCUUGUGAGAUUUGUUGUUCUUCAGGAAGAUCAAGUUGAACAAGAAUAUGAAAUGAACACCAGUAAAGUUAACAACUUAUCAACUCCCACACCAGGAAGUUUGUGCCAGAAGAAGCCUGAAGGAACAAAGAUAUAUCCAUCAUCAAUUUCAAUUGCCUCAUUGCUAAAAGCAGGUAAAUUGGUAAAACCCCGAGAGAAAAACAAGGUAACUCUUGCUCUGGAAAAUUUUGAUGUGUCAACUCAGCAAUGGGUAGAGGUAGCUGCUGAAGAAUUUGCUAUUGACAUCCAGAAAUUUUCUAGUGGUGCCUUUCGUGAUGCAUUUCGUGCCUCAACUAUCAAGCCAACAAAAUGUGAAGAUUGGGUGGUGAAAACCUAUAAUGAUGAUGCAGUAAAAACCAUACAAGAGACGGCCAAUAGUUCUAUAGAGGAUCAUUGCCGUAAACAGGUUCAAAUGCACAGUGUGGCGAGGCACAUUGCACAAAGGUUCAAGGCUAAAGCUCCACCGGGUUUUGGAGAGUGUUUUGAUUACAACCGCUGCUAUUAUACAAUGUACAAAAGCCAGUUACUGUUGAAGAGUAUGUCCCUCGUUCAUUUUAUAAACUCAUUAAUAAUGAUGGAGAGUGUUUAACACCAACCAAUGAUUCAAGUCCCCACCUAAAAGAGCUAUUUUCUAAAGCUGAAUAUGUUUGGUUCACUACAGUUAUGUAUCCACAAAAGAAAAAUUGAUGAUUUUAGAUAUACAGGGUUCAGAUUACACCCUGUAUGAUCUGGAAAUUUCAACCGCUGAACUUUUUGAUGGAGACACAGCAGAACUGUACUUUUGUUGUGGAAACUGUUCAUCGAUUGGAAUACAAGCCUUCCUCAAAUCACAUAAGUGUAAUGAAUAUUGUAAACUUAUUGGUGUAUGUGAUAAAUGA